AUGACCAGCAACUUGCUGGCUGCUCUGAAGAGCCAGCAGGGCAAAGGUGUCACCGUCACAGUGCAUCCCCUCAUUGAGGCCGCCAAGACUGGGUCUGAGGAUGCUUGCCAACGUGCGCUCAAGGAGCCCAAAGUCAAGGUGGACCAAAAGGAUUCCGUGGGCAUGAGUGCAUUGAUGCAUGCAGCAGAGCUGGGACAUAUGCAUGUGGUGAAGUUUCUGGUGGAUCAUGGCGCCCGAGUCUCUGCCAAGGAUGAUCUAGGGGAGACUGCCCUGAUGAAGGCAUGCAAAGCUGGCCACACAGAUGUGAUCAAAUUUCUCAUCGAUUCCCAGGUGAUGCAGCGCAAAAAGACCGGCGGCACCGUGAUGGGCGACGCGCAGAAAACCAAGCGAAUGGAACGGCAGCGCGUAUUGGAUGUGAAGGAUGAUGAUGGGGUCACUGCACUGAUGAAGGCAGCUGAGAACGAUGAGUCGGAGGCGUUGCGGCUCUUAAUUGACGAAGGGGCUUCUCUGGACCUGAAGGAUGACCAUGGGUGGACGGUGCUCAUGUGGGCGGCUUUAGCUGGCAGCAUUGACAUAUGUGAAAUGUUGGUGAAGAACUAUGACUCAGCACCUGACUAUGCCACCGAGAGGGGUGAAAGUGCUCUAAUGAAGGCAGCGGCCAAUGGACAUUGGGAUGUUUGUGAGUACUUGUUGGAGGAAGGCGCUAAGGUAAAUCAACUUGAUGCUGAGCACCAGACUGCCUUGAUGUGGGCAUCAGCUAUGGGGCACGCCGCCGUGGUAAAGGGGCUGAUUGGUCGAGAAGCAAAGGUGGACUUGCCCUGCAAGGGUGGCAAGACGGCCUUGAUGAUGGCAUGUGCUUUGGGUCGUGAUUUGGUGGUUGGAGAGAUAUUGACCAGCAAGGCCAGAGUGGAUCAGCAAGACUCAGAAGGACACAACGCUCUUUUCUCUACGAUCCAAUGCGGGAGUCAGGAGAUUGUGACGAUGCUCCUUCAGCAUCGUUGCCCAAUAGAGGCACACAGCAAGAAAGGCGAGACGCCCCUGAUGUGGGCAGCAAAGGAACAACAAGUAGACUGCCUCAAGGUCUUGAUAAAUGCCCGGGCUGAUUUGAAUGCCCAGGAUGAGAACGGACAGAGAGCCAUCGACCAUGCGGAGGGCACCUUGAACAGCAAGGCAGGUCAUGCGUCUCAUCUCAUCUCUCACCGCCAUUUGUUGGCCCCUUCCCUUCGUGCACUUCGAGAAAGACGCUUUUCAGGUUGUAGACCCGCUGCGGCAAGCCAUGAGAGCCUUGGCCAGUGGCACUCCUUGACGUUAGCGGUGCGAAACAGCCCGCUCGCCCGACCCAUCGGGCAUCAAAAAAAGAUCCGACAGCACCAGCAGGGCGACGGUCUGGCACCUACGUGGAGUCCAGAGGUUGAGCCUUAUAAUCUAAGAGGUCCAGUUUUGGAGUGUUUUGGAGCCCUGCCCCCCCGCACAAACAUCACAAACCAUCCCUCCCAAUCAGUGAGACGGUCCGGGAGUUUCGGUGCUGAGGUCCUGCAGCUCUGUGCUGUCAAACGGCCCAGGGCUGAGGGGCCUGAAGCAGAAGCGGUGCGAAGCCGCUGUGGGUCCAAACCGCGGCACCCUGGAUACCCUCGAUCCUGA